ACAUAAUAUAGGAAAGGGCUGCUGCAUACAGAAGAGCUCUAUCAGAAGGAGAAGUGGUGAAUGUUGCUUAUUCACGUGUUCUUUUUCUGGGUACAGCAGGUGUUGGGAAGAGUAGUUUCAAGAAUUCUCUUAUGAAGUUACCAUGGGAUCCUAAGGCUAACAGUACCAUUAUAUCUGAUAUCAGCUGUGUUCGUCCCUUUGCUAAGGGAUUGCUUAAUGAGCAAUGGGAAGCAGUUACUCAUGAAGCUGAAAUUGAAGCAAUGGCACACUUAUUCUCUGCUGCCAGCAAAGAAAAAAAGUAUCGCUCAAUUCUCAAUCCUGAUGAUGUCACUACUGCACCAACCAAUAACCCUACAAGAAGGAAGCUAGAUUUUGUCCUUGGUGAAGUUAGCAAAAUUCAAGUUGUUCAACCACCUCGUCAAUUAGAGCCUCAUCUUUUAUUGCAUUUUUGGGAUUGUGGAGGUCAACCUGCUUUCCUUGAGAUCCUACCAGUUUUUCUCACCUCUCGUACCACAUUCCUCCUCCACUUUGAUGCCUCUAAAGAUCUCAACAGCAAAUGGAAGUCAGUCCAUCAUAUUGAUGGUGCCCGAUUUGAUGGAGAAGAGGUCAAUGUGUCUACACUUAGUUACAUGCUCAAUUGGAUGGCUUGUGUUCAUAGUCACCUAAUGAAGUAUGGGGCAGAUGGAAGUAUUUCUGAUUAUCCUCGCAUGUUUUGCAUUGGCACUCAUGGAGACUUGCUAACAAAUGAAAGAAAGGAACAAGUCAAGAUUGAGUUAAUAUCUCACUAUAAAAAUAAGGAAUAUGUCAAGUUAAUAUCUGAUACCCUCAUCAUUGAUAAUACAUCAUCUGGUAAGGGAGAAUCAGAAGAUCCCAAUAUUGAGGUAGUAAGAAGGGCCAUCAUUGAAAUUACAAAAUAUAAGCUAAUAGUAAAAACCCCAAUCAGUUGGGUUCUCUUUUGUAAAGUUCUUCAGGCAUUGGAGGAAAAUAUUGUGAGUAUAUCCCAGGCAGAAGAUGUUGGUGCUGCUUGCAAUAUUUCUCCAGAAGAUGUACCUCAGGUUCUCUUAUUCUAUCAUGAUCUGGGUGCUGUUCUAUAUUAUCCUCAGCUAGAGGGUCUGAAAGAGAAAGUCAUAGUUGAUCCAAAGUUUUUUAUUGAUGCUCUUGGAAAAAUCUUCACAUUUCAAGCCAGCACUACACAUGAAAGGGAAUGGGAGAUAUUUCAUCAAUAUGGUAUCCUCAUACAACCACUGUAUACAUCAGUCUGGAAGGAAUGUGGAGACCUAAAGCCUGAAGAUUUCAUUGAAGUAUUGCUACACUUUCGUCUUGCUGCUCAAGUUAUCAUUGAAGAUCAAGACAUCUGCUCCUCACGAUACAAGCAAUAUUUCAUUCCUGCCAUUCUCAAGCUGUGCCAAGAUAAUACAAUAGCUACACACAGCAAAGAGGUUGAGGUUGCAUCCCCACUUCACAUUAAAUUUGAAACUGGUUUUGUUCCUCCUGGUUUCUUCACUCGUUUUGUUGCUGUUAUAGCUGCUCACCCAAACACAACCCUGUACCUUGAGGAAGGAGUGUAUAGGAAUCGUGUUACCUUUCGUUACCAGGAGGAAAGGAAUAGAAGCAUUGAACAUUUAACAGUAACAGAUCAACAUGAUGCCAUUCAGAUCAAUGUCCAUCGUCCCGCCUCUCAUUCUGAUCCAGUUCCUCUUGCCAAUGUAUGUCAAGAUAUCUUAGUUCUGUUGGAAGAUUCCGCUAAAGAAGUGGAGAACAUUCUUCAGAAUUGUAUUGGAAGGGGUUUUGAAGAAUUACCCAAAUAUUCCGUAUCAAGAUCACUGCGUUACAUCUGUGAUGACUGCCCUGUCUCUUCUAAGCUUCAUUAUCUCACACCAGCAAAGUAUCAAACGAGCUACCUGGAGGUUACUUGUAGAGUAAACACAACAUAUCAACCACUUACAGAGAAAGAAAAGAUUUGGUUUACUGAAAAGGUGCCAUUAAAAGCUGAGGAUCAGUUACAUAAAACCAUUAUACCUGAUUUGGUAUCAGUUACUACUCAAAAAUCUCCGAUUGGUAUAUUCGAAUCUCAUUUCCCUCAACUUUGUGAUGCUAUAGCCACAGAGCAUAAUAUUACAAGAGUAUCAUCUCAUUGCAUAUCACUGAUCAGUGAUGAUGUAUUUGAUGAAGCUAUCAAAACCACCAAUCCUGUAUAUGAGAGAGCACAGGCACUUCUAAGAGAAUUAAGACGUCACCUCAAAGCAUCCAGUGACCAGCACCAGUAUUUGCUUAAUCUGAUUAGCAUAUUCCACAAAAUAAAAGAUCCAAUAUUGUCCCAGAUAGCUGAUUCAAUGAAAUCAGAACUGUAAGAGUAUCCUUAUUGAUUAACAAUAACUAUAGUUUACAUGCACUUGCUGAUUAUUAAUUAAUGCUGCUAUUUGUACUUGAACUAACCUAUGCAUAAUUCUUUUUGAUGUUUUAGCUGCUAA